AUGUCUUCUUGUGGAUCACCCAAAGACAACUCCUUCGUGAACUUCGUCAACCCGUACAUGAAUGAGCUGAAGAUGCAUCCUAAGGAGUUGUUGCUUAAGGAUGGGAAGGUGCAAGUAGAAGAUGGCCGGGGUCCUAAAGGAGAAGGAAGUUUGGAGGCUAGGAUGGAAAAGCUAGAGGAGAAAGUCUUUAGAUACAAGAAGAUGGCAGAACGUGAAGUGGACAUUAUCCAUAAGAUAAAUGCAGAACUCAUUGGCGAGCACAAGAAUGAAACUGCAAAGCUUUGGGGUGGUAUUUUCUCGCUCCACGAGACCACCAACAAAUUACAAGCACAACUCUACGACAAGAAAAAUCAAAACUGUGAGUAUGAGACUAGGUUUAAACGCAUAAGUUCUGCUGCCAGUUUUAGGAUAUUGGAAACCAGGUCGUCCUUUGUUGAUGGGGAGCCUUUUCCUUUGAAGUCUGAUGAUGAGAAGGAUUCAGAACCACUUAAGGAGUAA